AUGGAUGUUGAAUAUCCAUAUGAAUUACCUCAACGAGAAGAAAAUAUUCAACCAUCAUCGUCAAAUUCUGUUGAAACAAUCACAGGAUUAGCAAAAAAUAUGAAAUUAAAUGGAAAUAAAACAAUAGAUGGACCAGAAUCUUCAACAUUAAUAUUAAGUAAUG